UCUCAAGUCUCAAUGCUAAUGUAGUAGUAUUUUCUCAAAUUUCAAAUUUACUUUUUUUAUUUUGAUCCUAGUAAUUGCUAGUAAUUUGUAAAGAUCUAAAGAAUAGUAAUGGAUCGAAUGUAUAAGCAUUAUGAUCGUCAAGCAUCACCAAAAAUUUGUUUAAAAAAUUAUUUUCAGCAAUAUAAUGAAUUAUUAAAGUCUUAUUUAUGUCAUGAUAUAAACGAACGAAGUGAGGAAAAGAUUUUUCAACUUAUGGAUGUUAACCUUUCACAAGCAAGAACUCAUUUAAUAAAACAUUACUGCAGUAUUGAUAAUUUAUCGUUAUUAGUGGAAACUGCCUAUAUGAAAGAAGAGAAAAAACAGGAACACAAUAAACUAAAAGAUCUGAAAAGAUCUGAAAAGAUGUUAAAUAAUCCUCCAUUGGAAACAAUUAAAAUGUUAAAGACAUUAUCUAAGGAAACCUUAAUAAAAUCGAGAAUUCAAAAUGGAAUUCCAAUUAAAUAUGAUGAAUCAAAAUGGUCCAAUAAGAAUCCUAUAAUACCAUAUGAAGAAUUUUUAGUAUAUUGUAGAAUAUAUGAGCCAUUUGAAAGUCAGUCUCGUUUUUUUAAGUACAAGACAAACAAUGGCCCAGUUCUUAAACUUAAAAGUGUCAUAUCGAUUCUAGGAUGUCAAACUCUUUAUGAACUACGUCAAAAGAUAAUAUGUCAAUCUGAUCUAUCAAUUACAACAGACACUAGUAAAAAUCCAAAUCAUCAAAAGCUUGGAUCAAUGGCAAAAAAUGUCUACAAAUCAGGAUUCUUUUUCAUUGAAGAUACAUUUUAUAAUGAUACUAGCGAGCCAACUAAUGUUGAUUAUAGUAGUGUUAUAUUAAAAUGGGCAGCAACUCGUAAUAUAGGUCCAUUUAAAAUUGCAACCAUGAACACUCAAAUAAAUUCUCUUUGUGCAAGAUUCGGUUUUCCAUGGGUAUAUCAACAUCAGGGUUGUUGUGAACAUUUAAUUGUAUUGACUGAUGCCAGGUUAAUGACUGUGAAUGAUGUAUUAUCAUUAUCUGCCUAUCCAAGAAUAGAAAGAAUGAGACCUGCUUCUGGGAGAAACUGUAUUUAUUGUGGAAUACUUAAUGUACACUGGAUUGUAACAGAACAUAAUAGGAUACCACAUGACAUAAGUUAUUUCUGUCAUAAAUGUUUUAUGUCUUAUAAUUAUGUUGAUGGUAAAAAGAUCGGAAAUUUUAAAGCAUAUAAUUAUCCUUAUAUACCAAAAUUAAUGUUUGUUAGAAAACGUAGAGCAACAUCUAAGAGUAAAGAGUAAAGUCUUUUUUAUGAAUUUUUCAAUUAUUUAUAUUAUAAAUGUAUUUAAAAAAUAUAACAAGUAAUUUCAUAAAAAAUUAUUUUAUUGAA